AUGUUUGCAUUCGCAAGAAGUGUUGUCGUCACUGUUUUGAUAGUUUCCAAUGUCGCUUCGUUUUCUUUAUACAAAAAUGAGAAAUCAAAACAACUAGGUUAGUUCAAUCAUCAGCAAAAAACAAUAAUAGUUUAAUUUUCUAGAUUGCUCCACAAUGAUCGAUUCCGACGGGGUCUUUGUGUAUUCUCCAAAUAAGGGGAACAAAGCUGAAAUGUGUGAUUUCACACUUAUGGUCCCAGAGAAAACAACCGCCACAAUCAGACUUCUGAAUCAAACAUGCCAAUCAAUUCUAGGAACUAAAUCAAACAUGAAUGCUAUAUGUAAUCAACCAAAUCAAGAAUCACACUUUUUCAGCGAUGUUUAUAAAUUCAAAUUUGACUCAGAAAGUUCAGUUUCAUUCGAAGUUGAAUUCAAUCAAAUAACAGAUAGAGGUAAAAAAAAGAGAAAGCCGAAAUAACACUGAAAACAUAAAUUUACAGUUUGCGGCGAAUACGUUAAGAAUGUCAAUGAUUGGUUGGGAAAAACUAUCCGCAUUACAAUUGACAGAAAACAAGAAUGUGAUGUUAGACUUCCUGCCAAUGUUGAAGUCCAAUUCUUGGAUUUUGUUCCAAAUGAUAAAUUGAAAUGUUGUGCCGACUUUUUCCUUAUUUCAACGACUUUUGAUGACAACAUUAUUGACUACAGUGAAAAACCAUCAAUCUGCGAUAUUCGUAAGUGGAAAUGUUUGAUUCUCAAGUUCUAUAAAGCAACAUUUUAGGCAAUAACAACGUGCAACUUCGUUCGAAAUGCGAUAGAACAUAUUUGAAAAUGAGAGGACUUCGAACUGGAGAUGAAAUGUAUCUCAGAGUCCGAGGUGCAACAAGAGCUACGUUUGGAGAAUGUCUUGGGUUAGUUGAUGAUAAAUAUCAUAUCUUGAAUGUAUUUGUUAUUUUCAGAGAUGUUGUUCCAAAGAUGCCAGAAAACCUUUGCAAAAGAAAGAGCCGCGCAACAAAGUGGUUGUAG